AUGCAGACUUGGUAUGCUACCAUCUCCAUUUUUAUCUUUCUCAUUUCCAGCACCCAUGCUGUCAUCUCAAGACGACCAAAUCCCUACCUUAGCGCAGCAAACCAAUUCUUAGCUUCUCAAAAUGCUGCCCGUGCCUCGUUGAGGAUGCGACCGUUAGUGUGGGAUGCAAAGCUGGCCCGUUACGCACAGCGGUAUGCCAACCAAAGGCGACAGGACUGUGCGUUGAAGCACUCUAAUGGACCAUAUGGUGAGAACAUCUUCUGGGGUAGUGGCAGCGGCUGGACUCCUGCUCAGGCGGCCGCCGCCUGGGUGUCGGAGCGUAAAUGGUAUAAUUAUUGGUCUAAUUCUUGUGCUGGGAAUCAAGAAUGUGGACAUUAUACUCAAGUUGUGUGGAGGAAUACAAAAAGAAUUGGGUGUGCUAGAGUGAAUUGUUUUCGUGGAGGAGGUGUUUUCAUGACUUGCAACUAUGAUCCUCCUGGGAAUUAUGUUGGAGAAAAGCCCUAUUGA